AUGUACCUGGUCCCCACGCAGCCUCAUCACUUCGUUGGCAACCACGCAUCGCUCCUUGCAUCCUCCUCCCCUGUAUCCUCGCCCGGCUCUCGUCACGGGAACCGCCCAGAAGCGACCUCCAGCGCGCUUCUGUCCACGCUCAACACCUCUAUGGAACGCAGUGCUGCCGAGUACUCGCAGUCAGGUUUGCCUUCGCCUUACCCAAGCCACUGCGGCGACACCCGUUCUGAAGGAUCAUCUGCAGACCACUCGUCUGCUGCCCACUACUCUUCGCAACAGGAGGUUCGACCCAGCAACUACUCUACCUCGGCCACUCCCACCUCGGAGUACAGCGUCUACCCGCCCUCUGCGCGGUCAGGAUCCUUCCCUGAGCAUAUCCACAGACCAUACCAUCCAGCUACCAACCCAAGCGGUGGCAGCGGAGGCAUGUCGCAACAAGCAAGCAGUCCGUCUUUGCCCCAGCAAGAUGGACGAAACCAUCAACCCAACCAGCAUCCCAAGUCUGACCACGAUGUACCUAUAGAUCCCUCCAUCGCGGGACCCAGUCCUACCUACGCUUACGGACAGCAAUCGCCGUACGGCCCGCCGCCCGGCGACAUGCAGGCAUACCAACAUGCCUAUCCCCAGCCCCGUCCCGACUGGACGGGAUACGGCCAGCACAGCGCUGGCCUGACGCCCGCCACCCACCACUUCCCGCCGACACCGAGCUCCGCGCCCCCGAACGGCAGGCCGACUCAGGUAUACUCUUUCGUUCCGAUUCCUGGUGCGCAGCAACACAAGCGGCCGAGACGACGAUACGAGGAGAUUGAGCGUAUGUACAAGUGUGGCUGGCAGGGUUGCGAGAAGGCGUAUGGUACUCUGAACCAUCUCAAUGCGCACGUCACCAUGCAGUCGCACGGCACGAAGCGGACUCCUGAAGAGUUCAAAGAGAUUCGUAAAGAAUGGAAGCAGCGCAAGAAGGAGGAAGAAGCUGCUCGCAAGGCCGAGGACGAGCAACGUCGUGCGGCUGCUGCUGCAGCGGCAGCGCAAGCCGCCCAAAACGGUGGCCCAGACCCUCAAUCCGGGCCCGACGGCGGUCCUCCUUCUGGCUACGGCGGCGCGGGAGGAGAAGAGCGCAAGCAGUAA